UUUUUUUUUUUAGUUCGUUUUCCGUUUACAUGUUCGGGACUUGAAAAAGAUGUUUAGACCUGGCUACUCCAUGGAGUUUUUUUUAUUGAUGUAUUAUAUCAUUAAAUGAAUGUACUAUAUAUAUGUGCCCAACCACUCCUUUCAAACGUGCCCCUGCUAUAUUUGCUUCCCCCAUCAAAUCUCUGCUGUGCAGGGGCUAGGCUCUAUCUUACAAUUUCGCAUAUUAUAUGUGACCUAACAAUUAUCGGAUGCAGGGCUGUGGGACUUCAGCUGGGUUUUCCGCUUCUUGAGCUUCCCCCGAGCUUGUGCGCAGAGGCAUUCUAUCUUGGCGACUCAAGACCUGACAAUGGAAAUUAACAACUACUUUCUUGUGGAGCAAAGCGGACCCCAUCCAUAACACUGCCACACAAUUUCUGCGAUAUGUUUGACUCUGGCGCUGAAAACGAGCAACACUGAUUCCUGUCUUCUGCAUUUCUCCCCGCACCAACAUGCUUGUGGCAUUUGCCAAAAUCGUCUUCCUCGUCGAAUGAUGAUUCUUCUAAUCUAUACUACCUGUAAAAGUCUUUAUAUUGUAUAUACUACACAAAUCGAAUUGUCAAUAGAUUUCAGUAGGAUUUUACAUGCAUUGCUAUCAUCAUCUCUGAAAUUUGGGUUUGGGCUCAAGAGGAACGGGUUAGCUCCUUAGUCAGCACAAAUUUUUCAAAAAACUCCGGCCGAAAAAAGUUCUCGAGACUCCCGGAUAGGGGUGUCGUUUCUCUCCAAGACGAAUGUCAAGGCCAUCGUCACAAUGAGGGCUCACUCUCUUCUUCGGACUCAAGUUCGCUCCCUCACCAGGGUUUCUAGAGCUUCAACUGGACUCCAAUGUGACCUCUAUCGACGAUGCGCUACAACUACUCCUCUCCGAACCUUCACCACAGCUUCCCUACCCAGAGUCCCAGUGACAGGGCGGUGGCAGCAGGUCCGAUAUGCCUCUACGGCGGCUUCUGUGUUGGAACGUGCCGCGGCAGACCCAGCUACACUCACUCAAUCUGCCAUCAUUGAAAAUAUGGACGAAGCAGAAAUGAAACGGUUGUCGAAAGUCCGAAAUAUUGGAAUUGCGGCGCAUAUCGACAGCGGUAAAACAACCUCGACAGAGCGAAUUCUUUUCUAUACCGGGCGUAUUGGAGAAAUUCACGAAGUCCGCGGGCGGGAUUCCGUCGGUGCUAAAAUGGACUCGAUGGACCUGGAGCGUGAGAAAGGAAUCACAAUUCAGUCCGCAGCUACCUUUUGCGACUGGGUCAAGAAAGAAAACGGAAAAGAAGAAAAAUAUCAUAUCAACUUGAUUGAUACACCUGGCCAUAUUGAUUUCACUAUCGAGGUUGAGAGAGCCUUGCGUGUUUUGGAUGGCGCAGUUUUAAUUGCCUGUGCAGUCUCUGGUGUUCAGUCGCAGACUAUGACCGUCGACCGACAAAUGAGACGCUACAAUGUUCCGCGCAUUUCUUUCGUCAAUAAAAUGGACAGAAUGGGUGCCAAUCCUUUCAGGACGAUUGAACAAAUUAACCAGAAGCUGAAGAUCGCUGCUGCGGCCGUUCAAGUGCCAAUUGGCGCUGAGGAUGAAUUCGAGGGUGUAGUGGAUUUGAUUCGCAUGAAGGCUAUCUAUAACGAGGGCUCCAAGGGUGAAAUUGUUGUAGAAAAGGAUGAAAUUCCAGAGAAAGUAAAGGCCAUCGCGGAAGAGCGGAGGAGAAUGCUUAUCGAAACUCUGGCUGAUGUGGAUGAUGAAAUUGCCGAGCUUUUCCUUGACGAGAAAGAACCCACUCAAGAGCAGAUCAAGGCUGCAAUUCGACGUUCCACAAUUGCCCUGAAAUUUACGCCUGUCUUCAUGGGAUCGGCUCUCGCAGACAAGUCCAUUCAACCCAUGCUGGAUGGGGUUUGCGAUUAUCUCCCGAACCCUUCUGAAAUUGAGAAUCUCGCCCUCGACCAAAAGAGAGAGGAAGCCCCUGUGAAGCUCGUCUCUUAUAGAUCUCUUCCAUUCGUUGGUCUUGCCUUCAAGCUCGAGGAGAGCAACUAUGGCCAACUUACAUAUAUUCGUGUGUACCAAGGUACACUUCGCAAGGGUUCCAAUGUCUUCAAUGCUAGAAGCGGCAAGAGGAUCAAGGUCCCGCGAAUCGUACGCAUGCAUUCAAAUGAGAUGGAGGAUGUUGAUGAGAUCCCGGCCGGUGAGAUUUGCGCUGUGUUUGGCGUUGACUGUGCGUCCGGAGAUAGCUUUACCGAUGGCCAGCUUGCCUACAGCAUGAGUUCCAUGUUCGUACCGGAACCCGUCAUUUCUUUGUCAAUCCGGCCCAAGAACUCGAAAGACUCAGCCAACUUCUCCAAAGGUAUCAACCGGUUCCAGCGCGAGGACCCCACCUUCCGUGUUCACUUUGACGAGGAGAGCGAGGAGACUAUUAUCUCUGGUAUGGGUGAAUUGCAUCUGGAGGUUUAUGUCGAGCGUCUGCGCAGAGAGUACCGCGUCGACUGUGUGACGGGUAAACCACAAGUCGCCUAUCGCGAGACAAUCGGCGACAAGACUGAAUUCGACCACUUGCUCAAGAAACAAACCGGCGGUCCUGGAGACUUUGCCGGAGUUGUGGGUUGGCUGGAGCCGACUGGAAGCCUGGAGCAAAAUAAAUUUGAGCAGAGAAUUGUCGGUGGUGCUAUUUCCGAGAAAUACAUUUACGCUUGCGAGAAAGGUUUCGAUCUCGCCUGUGAGAAGGGUCCUUUGACUGGACAUAAGGUCCUUGGAACCCAAAUGGUCAUCGUCGACGGCUCCACUCACGUUACUGAUUCCUCUGAAAUGGCCUUCAAGAUCGCCACUCAGCAAGCUUUCCGAAAGGCUUUCAAGGAAAGCAAGCCCCAGGUUCUCGAGCCGAUGAUGAAGACUGUUAUCACAGCGCCAGUUGAAUUCCAGGGCGAUAUCAUUUCGCUGCUGAAUAAACGCAAUGCCGUUAUCAAUGAUACUGACAUUGGCGUUGAUGAAUUUACGGUAUUUGCCGACUGCAGUUUGAACGGUAUGUUCGGCUUCAGUACCCAUCUUAGAGCUGCUACGCAAGGAAAGGGAGAGUAUACCAUGGAAUUCAGCCAUUACGAAAGGGCUCCAGGUCAACUACAAAAACAACUCAUUGCCGAAUACGAUGAAGCUCAGGCGGCGAGACACAAGAAAUAAAAAGCCUGCAACCUUUCCAUUCACACUCACCUUUCGACAAAUGCUCCACUAGCAUUGGCAGUCAACAUGGUGCCCCUCACCUACCGUCUCUUCACAGAACCGCAUGCAUUCUCAUGCACCAUGCUCGCACAUACCUGUCAUUUGAGCAACUUCACUACUUUCUCGAUAGAUCUGCAUUAGCAUCUUUCCACUAUAGAGCCCCGUCACAGACCGCUGUACUACUAUUACUACCACUACUACUACUAAUGUGAACUCACCUUCUCAUUCCUAUCUUGAUCAUGUAACAAAAGGGGGAAAAUAUUAUGGGUAAAGUUUUUCAUUUCGCGCAGGAGGGUGAUUUUUUUCAUGGCUCCCUUCUUGGGUUGUUGGGGUUUGGGUUGACUUGUCUGCGUCCAAAUAUUUAAACUCACAACGCAAUUCAUUGUAGAGAUUUCUUCAUUUUUUUUAGGUUGACUUCAUGACAAUCAGUUUUGUUUUAUUAUUGUUGGUAGCUUUUGUGAACGGGGAGUAUAGAUUUGGCUUUCGUUCUCGGCUUUUACUAUUUUAUGCCUUCCUUUGCUUGGGAGAGGAAUUAUACAACUAUGUAUCGAGAGUAAAAGUUACAUUAGGCAUAGAAUGAACGACUUGAAAUGGAAGGUCUAUGUACGGAAACUAAAGCUAUGUACUCUGUACACGGGCAACAAAUAUCACAACCACAUGUCUAGCAUCAUCUAUGGUCAUCUAAAGAGUCGUAGCUCAGAUAGAUUUCACGUUGUACUGAAUAGGCAAACCACACCCGUCAAAUCAUCUGAUUGACUUGAAGGCGAUUGGUGCAGGCGCGGUAUGGCAUAUCUGGUGUUUGACCUUGAGGUUUCUUCUGAGCCCGUCUAUUUCUCAAAAAUCCGCAUGAUUGAAAGAGUAGCUGAACCCGUAGCUGCAACCUCAUUAUGUCCUGAAGUAGAAGCAAGAGAUGGGACAGAACGAACCCGGUUAGCCAUUUUCUCAAAACAUUGAAUAUACGUAUAUAUAUAAAUGGAAAUUUCGGAGUGAACUCUUACCUCCAUAUCGGACCCUCUCCCACCGAACUCUUUUCACUCUCUUCUCACCAUGCUGUGUGAUAAAUUCUUUUUCCCACACUUUCAUCUGUACAACUUCGUCGUCGG